AUGUUCCUCUUAGUCAUCUCAGUCUUUCACUCGAUUCUCGCCUUUUUCGGCAUUCUCUCCAAUUGCAUUCUCAUCUUUUUGGCCGUCUGGAAAACUCCAAAGUCCAUCGGGACCUACUCGAUUCUGAUCAUCGUGAGGGCGACUGUCGACUUCCUUGCCUGCUUUUUCGACAUUUUCAGUCAGUCCAGGUUGGUUCCAUUGUCAUCAAUUCUAGUGUAUACAGUCAUCUUCCAGGCCGAUCCCAAGUGGUUUGACGCUCGGAAUCGCAUCUUCCGGACUCUGCAAACAUGUGAACGCCUGGUUGUGCUUCCUCGGAUACAGUCUCCAACUGCACUUCCAUUCCCUCUCUCUCCACCUCCUCGUCGUCUGCUUCGCCUUCCGCUACUACGUGCUUCUGGAGAGGUAUCCGAAGGCGAACCAGCUGUUUCUUCUCAUCGUCCUCCUCUAUUUUCCGUCCUUCUUCCAAGCACUCUUUCUGCUUAUCGACAAUAAUCGUCCGGAAGACGUGCGGCUUCUCGUUCAGAUCCAUCAUCCGGAGUACCGACUGAAGGACCUAGUCGUGAACGGACACUCUGAUCUCCGCCAUUUCCCGUCCGUGCUCGCCUAUCUUCUCCUGAUCAUUCCCAGCUUUCCGGUCUGUCUUCUAAUUCGCAUCCUCCGUCGGAAGAUACACCAAAAACUGAGGAAUGCUAUUCUGAGGCCGGAUGUGAGAGAAAACCACAGACAGCUCACUUUUGUAAGUCAAAAAUCUUGAUGAAGGUCGCUGAUUGAUCGUUCCAGGCACUGUCGGCUCAGGCAUUGCUGCCUCUCAUCUUCCUCGUUUCCCUUCUCCUGUUCUUGCUCGCCCAGUUCAAGCUCGUGGAGUCUCCGGUGCUCGAGAGCUCGAUCCUCCUGCUCGCCGUCCUCGUUCCCACCCUCAACCCCCUCUUCUCCAUCGCUCUCAUCCGUCCAUACCGCGAAACCGUCAUGCGAUUCAUCGGACUCGACCCGAAGGAAUGGAGCAUUUCGAAGGACUCGUCAGUGGCUCCGGGCUCCAGCUCUUCCGUGUUUGGUAGUUUUGACAACGCCUCCGUCGUCUCCGUUUCGUCCGCAUUUGCUUUGACGGAAACGAGAGAUGCAUAAUCAUGUGACUCUAAUCAACUGUUCUGCUCUCACAAUUUACAUUUCACAAAUUCCACCAGACAGUGUCUCCAAAAUUGAAUUAAAAUGUUCAAAAUUCACUGAAAUGUAUCUUAACUUCUUGCUAGCAACUCUGUUUCCAAUCAUUUCCUCCAGAGUUCUGAACAUCCGUUCAGGAAGUAUUGACGGAAAACUUUUGAGGACCGAUUCUACGCCUUUUGGCUCUCCGACUGUGUUGUCAUGCAAUCAGUCAGCUCGUAACCGUUUGUUUUCCGUUUUCAUAAUUCGCGAAUGAGUCAGCUUCUCCUUAUGAAAUGAAGAUAAAUAUUAUCGCCAGAUGAGAAGUCGAAUAUUCAAAUCAGCCGAAAAAAGACUGAAAUUCUGUCGAGGGGCUAGUUUAUGCUGGCCUAGAAAUCUCCAUGGCCGACAACAUGUUUUUGUUGAAAUAUUUUCAUUUUACACCGGCAUUUGGAAUUCAAAUUUUCUUUUUUUGUCACGCAGAAUAUAUUUUCAAAUGUAGUAAUUUUAUUAUCUAUACUUUUCAAACCAUUGUAAGAGAAAUGAGUUCCCCAUCCGGUCACUCGUUUUCACAUUUGUUUUGCAUUCCACAAUGAACUCCGCCGUUUGCACUCGUCGCCGCCGCUUCUCUCCCACUCACUGCCUCUCCGUCUCGCCGCUUCGAACACUCGCUCGCCGCCGUGAUGCAAGUGCGCACGACGAAAAUGGCGCGAACGGAAGGCGCUACAAGGGAUUAGAACUUGAACGGAAUAGAACUGUUACGAAAUAGAACUCCAACGCUAGAAAACAACUAGGAGUUCUAUUUUGUAACAGUUCUAUUUCGUUCAACUUCUAAUGGAAACAGAACCCAGAGAGGUCGCCUUCCGCUGCCGCGGCAGAUAGCGCUGUUGGCUUCGUUCUCUAGUCAACUCGCUUCCAGACUUGCCGAAUGCAACGACGCUUUGCUCUACCGUAUCCGCCGCACAUUUUCCGUCGCGGCGAGACCGGUUCACGCGCAGAGAAGCAGACGGAGAGAGCGAGAGACGUAGGCGACGAGCGGAAUAGGCACCCGCGGCGAGGCCGUUCUGCCAGUCGCCAUCCAUUCGCAUUUCCGCACUUCUCGCCCGCCAUUCGACCGCUUUUCAGUCAGUUUCUCAUUCGAGUUUGGCUGAAAAAUCGACGCAAUCUGUAGGAAAAAGUUUUCGAAGCUUUUUUGAGAGCAGAAACGCUAUCAGUUCGGAACAAGAGAAGGCGCACGAAAAUAUCCGCUCUAAAGCAUAGACUGCUGUGUAGUAUCGAUUUUUCGUAGAGUUUGCGGUUUUAUCAUCGAACGAGUGUCGCCGACUAGUCUGAUAACUAAAACUCUAUCUUUUUAAUUAAUUUUUAAAGUGUUUCACAACAAACCGAGGAAGAUUGAUCGCAACUGCUAAGAAUUUGUUUUGAAAGGUUUCAAAAUUUCUAUUUGGGCGCUAUUCGUUUUCGAAUAAAAAGUUAAUCAUUUAAAAAGCUGAAUCUCUUGUAAAUCUCAAAUGUCCUGUUAGAAAAACUCGAUCGAAAACAAUUAUAAAUGAUUUUCAGGCUAAUAACCAAUCUUUCGCAUUGGUGAAAAGGUCGAGAGGACGCAAGGCGAAAGGCCGACGUCAAACACCAGGUAUCGGAAGGCUGCCUACAAAAACAAAACGCGAUUUAUCAAUUCCAGGUCCGGCAAUGAGUCAACACUCAGGUGACGGAGAUGGAGAGACAAAGGCGGCUCGCAACGACAACUUGACGCACGUGCUGUUCGCCCAGGAAACCGUCGGCGAUGACAAGAAAGACUCGGCGAUAAUCGAUGUGUUCGUCGGAACCUCAAAAUAAGCAAUAUGAAUAACUAUUAUCUGUUUUAGAAUGAUCGAUCAGUUCAAAGAUGAAAAUUUGGGAAAUAUCCAGCCGAACGCGGCUCUCGCUACGUUAGGAGUCUGGAAAAUCAAACAAGUUGUUCUUGGUCCGAGUCACAUCGGAAUUCUGCUCGAUGACGAUAAUGUGUGUCGCAUUCCGUACUCUCUGUUGCAAGUACAAACCGGAGAAGUGAAAGAGGCAGAGCAAGUGCGCGGAGAAACGUCCCGCACACGCGAUGAAUACCGCCCGUCCCACGAGGUUGAGGUCAUUCCGUUGAGCGGUGGAUUGAGCUCGCUUCGAACGGCAACUGGAACUGCCAAAUACAGAAGAGUUAUGCUAUCGAACAGGUGCGUCCAGCCCGAGAAUUCCUCUCGAACGCCUAAUUUCAGUGCCGCUUGCAGAGCAUAUUAUCGUCUUCGCGGCAAUCUUGGUGACGGCGCGAGAGGUUACAUUCUCGGAACUUCCCGCAGCUCGGUUCCUGCAGCCAACGUUCCAGAAGAUCUGAUUAACAACGUUCAGGUGCGAUUUUUUUUUAAAGAUUCAGUAGUCGUAGUAUUGUCUUUCAGCAAGUUUUGCAAGGGAAGUCGAGAGAAGUGAUCAUUCGAGAACUGCAAAGAACAGGACUGAACGUGAAUGAAGCAGUGAACAAUUUGUUGUCGAGAGAUGACGGAGACGGUUAGACAAUGCUUAAAAUCGCGCACUUUUUUAAAAUUUAAGAUUCAGAUGGAAUGGACAUUGGUGGGGAGCACAUAAUUCCCGAAGAGCUUCUGCACAUACUCGAAGGCUCGGUCGGCCAAGGAACCGGCGCCGGAAACGGUGUCUUAGCAGAAAGCUUUCUGGAUAGAGGUAUUUCGAUUCACGUAGUGACAAGUUAUCAUCGCUCCAUCAGUUCUUACAGAGGAACGCCUUAUGGAUACACUGACAUCUCGCUCCGAUAUGCGCUAUCACUAUGGGCCGAAAAAACCGAAAAGUUCAGAUAAAGAUAAGAAAAAGAAAGACGCGGAGUCGUGCUGGAAGAACUGCAUUCAGCUGGAAGAUAACAUUGAAUGGUGGUGCGGAGAAUCGGGAGCCGGUAUUCCUGAGCAUGCUUUGACUGAAGAGAAACUCGAAGAAAUAGAGGGGAAAUCGUGAGUGAAAAAGAAAAUGUAAUAAAAAAUUGUCGUAAUUUUAGAAGUCCGGUCGUCAGCAUCACAGCCACCAGUUAUCAGAUGUACGUGUUGCACAAGAACGGAAAGAUGUAUUCGUGGGGAUGGAAAGAGAAUCGCGGAACGAAGAAUCCGAUGACCGUUGUUCGAAACCCACUUCAACCGGAGCAUUCGAUUAUCGCAACAGACGCCGAUCCAGUCGUUCAGAUGUCUUCCAGCAAUCUCCGCGUAGCCGUUCUCACCCGACUCGGUCACAUUGUGACGUGGCUCGACGAGAGUGGAGUCGGUGUUCGCGUGUCUCAGGCUACAGAAACUAUCAACAAGAUCGGCGAAGAUUCGGUCAUAAAAGUGCAGGAUUUGGUGACUAGUGACCAUUUGUCUGCUUUCCGAAUCGAAAGCAUUGUUCAUUGGUGGUAAGUUACGCGAUCCAUUCUAAUUCGACAGUUCGACAAUAAUCUUUUCAGCGGUAUCGUUCCACUUCUGGAGGGCAGCCGUCAUGCUGACAAGGAGAAAGCGGAGCGAGAGAAAAAGAAGCACGUGUCGUUUGGAGAUGCGACAACUAGCGGCGGACAGUCGAAUGCUUUGAUCACCCACGAAAUCGUCAAGGGCUCGUUGGUUCAGAUGAAGAAAGCGCCGUUGUAUCCGGCCGGAAGUGUGGCUGCUCACAUUGACACGAGCUAUCCGAUGGUUGGUGUUUUGCUCGAGGACUGCUGGAACAUGACUGAUCACUGCCGUUUCCGCUGUCUCACUCCAGAAGAGUACGACUAUGAGUUGGAAGUCGAGGGAUUCUUGAAUUCUCUCAACGGACCGUCCGAAUCGGGCACUCCAGCCGAGACUGACCCUGGUGUUCGCGUCGAACAAUCACGAAAGCGAUCGGCGGACGAGUCGUCACAUACUCUCAGAGAACCACCAUUCGCGCAGCCUGCUGAUUUCGGAAGACGUCGCAUUGAGAUUUGGCUUGUCGAAGACCUAGUCUGGAUUCACGAACAUCGGAAGAGAGACGUUCUGAUUGUGGACCUCGAGAACAACGGAUUCGUUUGUGUUCGGCCCAACGCUCCGCUCAAUCCGCCGUCACCGUAUCAGAGCAUUUACAGUGACAGAUUGGAAAUGGAGGGAAUUGUUUGUUUUCGUUUUUUAAUCAUGGUGUCGUUUUACUCGUGUUUUUUCAGCCGCCGUCGAUUGCUCCAUUGAAAAAAGGUUCGGAAGAGCCCCGUCUGAUGCGGAAGGACGACGUGCAGUUGGCGGAAAAAAGAUCACUUCGAAGUUCAGUUAUUCUUCAAAAAGAGCUGCUCAAGUUCGACGUGGAUUCAAAUCGGACGGUCGUCUCGAUGAUCGCUGAUUUGAAUGAACUGCGCGUGCUUGUUCGCAGCAAGCACAGCGAAAGGGGAAUGCACAUGUACAGGGUGGGAAUGACCGGAAAAGUGAUCUCCAGAAGACGUGUGCCCGUCUUUUUGCCUGCAGUUGAACGUCCGAUUCCUCCGAUGAUGACUCCCAAAUUGAUCAGUUUCGGAGAUGUAAGUGGGAUGUUAUCAAGAUAAAGUAACUCGUUGACUCCAGGCACGCACAAUCUUCCUCCGCGAUACCGCAGGACAGUUGAUUCCUCUGCAGCGUGACGCUUUGAAUGGGUUCCGUGAUAUCCCUGCAAUGCAUUCUCAGCCUAUUAUCCAUAUCGCAACUGCCUGGAGACCGACUCUCAACAUCUUGGCUUCAUGCGAGGUUAGACUCUCGAAGGUGCCCCAUGAGAUGUUUGUUUCUGAAUCACCUUGUUUUUCAGAAGAAUGCGCAGUGGCAAGGUUCUAUGAUAGUGAUUCCGGGUGUCAACCGGCCGUGGCAUAGAAAUUUCGUUAAGGACGGAUCGUCGCUCAUGCAGUGUGUUCUCUAUUGUGAUGUGGACGGAGUCACUCUUUUCCUGGAUCGUCUUCUUGAAAUGAGAAGUAAUUUCUUGUUUCCCUUUUAUCCAGUAGCUUUCUCAUUUCAGUGAAUGAAACUAUCACCCAUCACGAGUUCCGGAUGAUCAUGGGCGAACAACUGUUCGGCGUCAGCUCGGACUUGUGCUCCAAUGUUCUGCACGCCGCCAUUCGACUCACCACGGCCACCAAAAACGCAGAUGACAUGGAUAAGGCUGUUGCGGACACCUUCCAUCCUGUUCCAUUCGCCACCAAGAACGUGCCGCCUCCACAACCUCCACCACAACCACAACCUAGCCAAGAAGUUCCGAUGGAAGAAGAUUCCAUCCAGGGUGCCUCAGAAGAGCAAGGGACUUCUUCAGCACCACCACAGGAAGGCGAAGGCGGAGAGGAGAGCCGAUGGGGCCGUGUGCUUAGAAGCAGACCAAAGAGACAGACGGCUCCACCGGCUAGAAAAACGAGGCGUUCUGCGGAGAAACCGAUUCGAAUGGAGUCUGAGGAUCCGGAGGACAACACAGGAGAGAAUAAUUCGUUCUCAUCGAUCCGUUCGGAAGAAUCGGGACUACCAUUUGCAUCGCCAAAAUCACCAGAGCUCCGACAGAGGAUGGCUCUGCUGAUCGUGGAUAUUCUUUUGAAACAUCCAGCAAUGCUCUUCGACAAAAACGCCGAUGAAAGCAUCGGUUAUUUGGAUGAACUCGAUCGGACGAGUGCAAUGAAAUGCCUUCUUCUAUCACGUGAUCUGAAUGGAAUGACUCCUUUCCAGUCGGCCAUAAACCAGAGAGCGUAUGGUGCCGCAUACUCAAUCUGGAAAACUCUGCUCCAAUUGAAUUUCAUCUCGAUGUCUGAAGACGAGAAGCUGAUGUACAUCUUCCCGGGAUUCACUGCUGACGAAAGUCAUAACGCUGACGAUUCGCCGCUCUUCAUUCUUUGCUACAACGACGUCUGCUCGUUCACCUGGACCGGCGAGGACCACAUCAAUCAGGACAUUUACGAGUGCAAGACAUGCGGACUCACUGGCUCGCUCUGCUGCUGUUCCGAGUGUGCGCUUACGUGUCACAGAAACCAUGACUGUCGAUUGAAACGAACUUCUCCGACAGCGUAUUGUGAUUGCUGGGAAAAGAGCAGUUGCAGCUGCAAAGCUCUGAUCGCUGGAAAUGAGCUUCUUCGUGAGCAUCUUCUCAGCGAGUUGCUCAAGUACACACGUCUUUACGAGUUGCCGAAUGCCCGUAAUGAGCACAUUGUGCUCUUCCUCUCGCGCAUUGUCAUCCGACAAACACGUGAACAAUUGUACUCGCAGAAGAGACGAGCCAGAUACAGUGAGGAUGGGAAAAUGACAAAUAGAUUGCCAACUCAACUUUCAGGAGGUCCACCGCCGUUACCAUCUUCUGGAACCCCGGAGCACAAUUUGCAGCCACCAAAGUUUGCUAGGAACGCAUUGGAACUUUGUUGCAAUAUGGCUGAUGUUGUCCUGAAUGCCAUCAAGUUCGGAAUCAGCAAUCACGGACCGUGAGUUCUUCUUUUUCUUCUUUUCUCGAGUUUUUCGUUUCAGAGACGAUUGGGCUACCCCCGGACAACUCGAAUUCCUGCAACAAAGCAGUUCUACACAUCUCGACAAGCUAGCUUUCGUCAUGGCAAACAAAGUCAUGAAAGAGUUCUCGACCUACUUUGUGGGAACACUCCGUCAUCUUCUCUCCCAAACGUCAGAAGACCCAGACGCGAACACGAACAUCGAGUUGGUCGCCAGCCGUUUUGUUCGCAGUCUUGUUCGCGUGCUCACACUCUCCAUCAACAUAUCCCCCUUGGCGCCCAGCACUAUUCUGUCGGCAGAAGAUCAGGCAGAGUCGCAGUCAAGAGAUAAUCGCGAAGACCGUGUCCGGUACAAUGCCGCCGGAUUCCCGACGACGUAUCCGGCUCCAUUCAGUAGCAUUCUCAUUGCCAAGAAGGAGAGCUCGAAGAUGUCCGAGAAGGCUGCCUCAUUCGUCGCCAUGAUCAAUCGUAUCAUGCAUUUCCUCCAACAAUUGCCCACUUUCGCCGUUGUACAACUGGCCAUCGCUGCGGAUGCCGCUUUCGAGCCAGUUCGCGAUGGAAUGCUCAGACCUAUGGUGAAUCCGGCCCAAGCGGGAAGCAACAGUGAUCCUAUGGACAUUCUCGAUAAGUACUUUUCCACUGAUCUUUCUUUCAAUGAAGUGAUCAAGCGAUCGAAAGGACAUGACAAGUCAUCGUCCACCACGAAAACUGAAACGAAAAGGGUUCGAAGAGUAAGUUAUUUAAAUAGAAAUAGUAAUUUGAAGUACGGUUUUCAGUCGAGUCGCCGUGACACAGAUCGAGAAAAUGGUUCUGAAAACAGUUUGGAAGACGAAAGAUCAGCCGGGGACCGCGUGUCGGAAUCCCAAGACACUUCUCGCGUUCGUAAUGACUCAGUUGCCACGUCCAAUUUGCCAACUCCUCGUCGUCGACGUCUUCUCUCCGGAAAUACCACAAACGAUACAAAUGAAGAUAACGAAGAGAGGACCGGCGAACCAAGGAGAGAAGUAGACGUCGAGUCGAGCAGUGCGGAUGAUGACAAUGAUGACGAAGACGACGAAGAUGAAGAUGACAACGAUGACGAUAAUGAUGACGACGAAGAUAAUGAUGAUGACGACGAUGAGGACAGCGAACGUCCAGCCGAAGAGCGCCAAGAAGAUGAAGCACGUGAGGAAGUCGAUGAGCAAGAUGAACAGGAGGAAGUAGUUGCACGAAUAAGAGCCGCCGAAGAAGAGCAGGCUAGAGAAGCUGUUCCAGAACGCGACGAGGAGGAAGGAUGGCAACCGUACGAACCAGAGUCUCCACGCCGCGACUUUGACGACGGUUCGUCCGAUUCCCAGGAAGGUGCAGCUGCUCGGGAACCCGCUUUUGUGAUUGCCGAGGUCGCCCAUCCAUUGGACGCGGCCGAUGCGCAGCAGGAACCGGAACCCGUUGUUAGAGAACGAUCUGGUGCCGACAGUAAGAUAAUCUAGCUUUGCAAUUUGUUUCUAAUCUUGAAAUUCAGUUGAUCUCGUCGCCGCUCAAGCCAGUUUGAGUGCAGCUCGCGAACGUGCUCUCGCAGAAUACGAAGCUGCCACAGGGAGAAGGAUGCACUCUACGAGAGGUCCAUCCGCCAUCAACGUAUGUUUUGCGGUUCUAACCAAUUUUAAUGGUUUUGCUAACUUCAGAGAGUCUCCACAUACUAUGCUCCGUAUCGAGUGCCGAGAGGACUUCCUCCGUUCUCCAGCCGACGCGACGACGCCAACAGUGGAACAGGAUCAUCCGCGUUGGGCACUGGCAGCUCCUCUUCCGCGAAUCCUGCUAAUAACCAGACACAAUCUUCGAAUGCUGCUGCAACUAGUCGCGCUACUUCUGCCGUUCCAGCUGCCACCGGUGCUACUACCUCCACUUCCAAUCAGAAUAGUUCUCCAAGCGGCUCGAACUCUUCCAAAAAGUCUGACAACGCAGAGCAGCCAUCACUUGAAGCGGCUCGUGAGCAGCUCGCUCUCACUUUUUCCAUCCUCGUUCGGGCCGGAUGCGACAUUCUCUCGAGAAUGCCACGUCCAGUGCUCUCCGUCUACACGAAGGCCGACGACAACGCGAAACGCUGCCAACUGAAAGUAAAACCGAUUUAUCAGCUAUCUUCAAAACGUAUGAAAUUCUAGGCUCAGCGCAUCUUCUCUGACAUUCUCGAGGAGACGUUCCGCUGGAUGGGACGAGUUUUCGAAUCGACCGAAGCGAAAAUCGCAUUCAAUGAAACGUACGAGAAAUCGCUCAUUCGCCCGAUUUCCCCACAGACAGAUGACAAGCGGGGACGGAAGGAGUCGUUGAACUAUGUUCAUACACUCCUCCGUUUGGCGACUGACGAAGCGAAGGAUUCUGCUGCAUUCGUUGACGUCGAGAUGCUCUAUCCGGUUGCUUUCAUCGCGGACGCUUUUUUCAACUUGUUGAACUGCAACGCAGAACGACCAAUUGUAAGGGUUGACGUUUACGGGGAAAUGCGAAAGACAAUUUGUAACUGUUUCAGGACGUAAAAAUGAUGAUCGACAACUACGAGGACUGCCAGAGACGUCAAUUCCGAAUGCAGUGUAUGCAAACCGAUCCGGAUCUUAUGAUUGGAUUCUACAUCCGUCCGUACUCUCUCUCCUGGCCAGGCCAUCUGCAUGAUGGUGCAUGGGACACUCUUUCGGGACGAUAUCACAUUAAUGAAACCCUGAAAGCUGAAGCCGAGUGUCCAAUGCUCGGCGGUCCGAAAAUUCUGACAAUGCAGUCGAGACGAGAAGAUCUCUUCAGGGAACCAAUGUUGGACGACGCAAAAAGAAAGACACUCACCAUCACAAAGGUAAUCGUCUCGUUAAGAACGGCAUUAAAAAUGUACGAUAUUCAGGCUCCAAUCGAAGAGUUCACACUUCAUUUGCAAAACCGUCCGUUCGAGUACCGAAGGCCGGGCUCCAGUAUGACAAUGGCUCCUCACCGAUCCUCAUUGGAGCGCGAAUUCGGCAGCAUUACCAGAGACUUUUUCUUCCACAGCCGAACUCCGGAUGAUGCAGUGAAGGACUACGCGCUGGAAACGAAAAAAAAUCCUGGAUGCCUCCCACAUUACGACAAUACCGUCUCUGUUUUCAAGGAGCAACUGCUGCGCCACUCUGCGGAGAGAGAAAAUCUGUAUUUCUCAAAAUGGCACAAAACACUCGGAAUCAUUGGAAAGCAUUUCUACGAUAAGAUCGCGGAUGCGUUCGGAGCAGAUGUCGCCUUCGAAAACUCGAUCCUCCUCCGCCGACUUGCUACUUUUGACACUAAACACAAGCUGUUCAAUAAGGCUACCGAAAAGUACAGAACGCAAUACUCGACUGUCAAGGAGAUUGUUCUAGAUGUCCGCAGAGACCCGAGCAGUCUUUUCCGAGAUACAAUGACACAGUUGAACAGUUUGUACGUCAAAAAGAUGAUGUCUGUUCGGUCGUUGGAAAGCAAUCACAGCCCACUCGCUGGAACUCGUCUCCGCGUGCACUUUGUUGACGAGCCAGGAGAGGGAACUGGCGUCACUCGCAGUUUCUACACGGCUUUCGCAGAAUCGUGCAUGAUGGAUGUUGCUCCGUUUGCUGUAGAAUCGCAGGCUGAGAGAAGUUCUCUGAUCAUGCAAGUGCUUUACCCAAGAUGCGACUACGACCACGGUUUGAACAUGUUUUAGCUAGAAUUAGUUGCUGACGGACAUUUUUCAGAUUCAGAAGUCAGCAAAACUGUGAGAAAAGCCCGUCGUGAGCAGGCGAUCCGUCUUCGUACACAUCUCCAUCGCCUGAAAACGUUCCCGUUGAAUCUCGCCGCUCCUCGUUUUGACAUCAAAAACUUUACUGGAGAAGGUAACUGGACGAAAAAGGUUCUGGUCGACAGUUCAGCCGAAUCGCAACCGGUGGCACCGCUCAACUGGGGACAACACGAAGAGACUCUCCGCAAGAUCCAUGACAUGUACGAGCUUCCACGCGCUGAAUUUGAUCCCCAAAAUUAGUUUCAGGACUUUUGAGUUCGUCAACGACGACAAAAUCAUCGGCCGAGUGAUGGGAAUUAUGUGCCAGCUGCCAACUGAAUUCUUCGUUAACGCAGUCAACAACGAUGAUACGAUGCGUCUGCACAUUCAGCAGAUCCUUUCGGAACUUCGAGCGGAGGGAGAAUUCGACGACGGACCAUUUAACGGCUUUUGUUUCUCUCGAGUGUUGCAGCAAGGAUCACGUUCGGACGAAGAGCAGUGGAACGUCGUCGUCGGAACCGAGUAUCCCCUCACCGCAUUGUUCGAGAAGAAUCGAGCAGAAUGCUACGUGCCGAAACUGGGCAAUGAGGCGCCGGUUCGUUUUGCAGCUUUCAGAACUGUCGGAAGGUACGCCCGUCGGCUUUCUUCUUAUUCAAUCGUUUAAUAAUUUUUAGAAUAAUGGGAAUUUGCCUUUCACAAGGAGAUAUUUUCCCAAUGCGUUUUGGUCGACACGUCUUCGCCUACAUUCUCAAAGAACCUAUUUGCUUCCUCGAUCUUGCUUUCCACGAUAUAGAGAUGUUCAACAGUCUCCGUAAAAUGUUUUCGUCGGACCUCAAAGGAUCACCGAAUGAAUACGCCUUCGCAGUGACGCAGUUCGGCCUUGAUGGAGUGAGCUCUUUUCCCUGUAUUCUUAACUUUCUCUUUUUUAGAAGCCAUUCGAUACUACUCUGAGACCAAAUGGAGACGAAACAAUCGUAUCGAGUGAAAAUGUGCUCGAAUACGUUUACAAGUACACUGAGCACACACUUCUCGGAAAACGAGCCCCUGCAUUCGAAGCCAUCCGCGAGGGAAUUCUCGAUGUGAUUCCCGAGUCGAUGCUCUUCGGAUUAACUCCAGAGGACCUGCGGUUGCUCAUCUGUGGAAUCGAAUCGGUUUCGAUAAGCGUUCUGCAGGAGAACACCACAUUUUUGGACGAGAGCAGAGCAUCCCAGGAGAUUCUGAGUCGUUUCAAGCAAUGGUUCUGGCAGGUCAUUGAAUCGUUCACUCCACAAGAGAAAAUGGUAAACCUAGAGAAGCCACCUACGCCGUUAACUGUACAUUUCCAGGAUCUCGUAUUCUUUUGGACCGGAUCCCCAUCGCUUCCAGCAGCUGGAAAGUGGCAGAGUGCCGCGAGUGUGAUGCUCCGACCGCCAGAAGACGUCUUCCUCCCCACAGCCAACACGUGCAUUUCUCGCAUCUACGUACCGGUUUACUCUUCGAAGCGCAUUCUCAAAUCCAAGUUGCUGAUGGCAAUCAAAGCGAAAAACUUUGGAUUCGUCUAA